AUGGUCCUUGCACCGAAAGAGAAGAGUCUGAAGGAUGGGACUAUCGCUGUUGUGAUUAUCCUGGAGGCAUCUUUUAUGCUUACGCGUCUUUAUCUACGUAAGAAGCUGAUGGAGGAAAUAAUCGAGAAGAUGAACGAUAUCCUGCAAAAUGCGGACGAAAUUAUGAAGGAUAUUAUAAAGUCGGCUAUAAAACCCAUAAUCAUGCCGUUCAUAAUAUAUGGAGUGACUGGUGUAGUAACUGUAGCGACAUGGACUAUCCAGCCGAUUUUAUUGGUCUUCGAGAAGUCCAUCUUUUAUUAUGUAGAUUACAAUUUGCCAACCGCUUUCAACAGCGAACCAUUUUCCAGUCGCGUUCUAAUUUUUUCAACCAUUUUUAUGACAAUUGGAAGUAGUUAUUUAUUUCUUAAGAAAUUUGGCGUGGAUGUGUACAUGAUGCAUUUAGUAUUAAUGUUAACGGCGCAGUAUCGAUACAUGGCAGUAAAACUCACAAUAUUGUUUCGAGACCUACAGAACUAUCAUGAUGAAACUAAAAAAAAAUAUUCUAUGGAAGAUCAAUGGACGGAGAGAGAAUUAAGAAAAUUAUGUAUACACCAGAAUAAUGUUUUAAACAUGUCAUUUAUUUUAAGGAAACUCUUGUCUGUGAACUUCAGUCUACUGUAUUUCAAUAACGUAUUUCGGUUCUGCUUUAUAGGUAUCUUAUUAAGCACAGUACCAUCAAUGUCUUUUGCAGAAGGAAUUUCAGUCACGUCAUAUGCAAUGGCUUCACUAAUGCAAUUCUAUUUAUUAUGUUCUUCUGUACAAACAUUAUUAGACGCAAAAGUCAAUUUGACUUUGAAAUAUGACCUCAAGAUCAUGAUCCUGAGUGAUCUUCAAAAGGAUUUAGCCGGCAUUGUUUAUUAA